UUAAGAUUACGUCAAAAUAUUAUUCAGAAUUAAAGUGAGAAAAUAACGCAAUAAGAAAAAAGAAUAUUAUUUGGUACACAUAAAUCUUGAUUUUCUAAAUCUGAUUAAAAUGAACAAAACAAAGAAAAGAAGAAAGUGAAUGCAGAAAUCUUGAGUAAAAUUGAAGACAAACAAAGUCGCAUUGCGGUGCAGUGUUUUGAUCCAGGGUGGCUGGUGCGCAGCUGCUCCUAGUCUCCUACGCGCGGUGCGUUGUCGCUGCGGAAUUGGUAAUUCAGGAGAAGAAGAGCGAGUGCUUAUUGAUUGCUCUCUAUGCGAAACCUAUGGAGAGUCUGAAAGCCUGAAUCUGGAAGCAAGUUCUUCAGAUAUGAGAAGUUUAAAGAUUGAAAGCAAAAUCAUUGAUCUUGAGUACCUAGGCUCUCAGUUUACAUGAAGAAACCUUGACGCUGCAGAGGAACAUUGUUUGACAUAGUUAGAGAGAAACACAAAGACAUGGGAACUCGGAAAUCUGAGCUUCAUUGUUUGAGUUAGAGGGAGGAUGAACCUUUCCUACAAACUCUUUAACACCUUCCCGCGACGUGUUUGCCUGCAUCACCGCUAUGCUUCUUCACCUGCCCUUGCACUUGACCCCUCAUUUUCCAUCCAUCCAAACACUCCCUUAUUCUCAAGAAACCUCGAGCCACCUCUCAAUUAUUCCUCUCCAGGAAUUGCUACUGAAUGCAGAGAACUGAUCCAGCAAGCAAAACAAGAACAUCUAGCUCCAACUGCCUAUUCUGUUCAUAAUAUGCUUGAACUUAACUCUGAGCUGAAGCAAUUACUGAAACAGGGACAAAUUGGUAAAGCUAGGAAUAUGUUUGAUAAAAUGGCUCACAGAGAUGAGAUUUCAUGGACUACAUUAAUAGCUGGUUAUGUCAAUGCCGCAGAUUCGCAUGAGGCAUUGAUCUUGUUCUCAAAUAUGUGGGUCCAGCCAGGACUUCAAAGGGACCAGUUCAUGAUUAGUGUUGCACUCAAGGCUUGUGCACUUGGUGUCAACAUUUUUUUUGGAGAAUUAUUACAUGGAUUUUCAGUGAAAUCUGGUUUAGUAAACUCGGUGUUUGUCAGCAGUGCCCUAAUUGACAUGUACAUGAAAUUAGGCAAAAUAGAACAAGGUUGCAGAGUCUUCGCAAAAAUGACAAGAAGAAAUGUAGUAUCAUGGACUGCCAUUAUUGCUGGGCUAGUACAUGCUGGUCACAAUAUGGAGGGUUUGUUGUACUUUUAUGAAAUGUGGAGAUCAAAAGUUGGCUAUGAUUCACAUACAUUUGCAAUUGCUUUAAAGGCAUCUGCUGAUUCAAGUUUGUUACACCAUGGGAAAGCUAUACACACACAAACAAUAAAACAAGGAUUUGAUGAGAGCUCAUUUGUGAUUAAUACCCUGGCUACCAUGUAUAAUAAAUGUCGGAAACCAGACUAUGUCAUGCGAUUGUUUGAGAAAAUGAAGAUGCCAGAUGUAGUCUCAUGGACAACCCUUAUUACGACUUAUGUACAGAUGGGUGAAGAAGAACGUGCAAUGGAAGUUUUUAAAAAAAUGAGAAAAUCAGAUGUCAGUCCUAAUAAAUACACUUUUGCAGCUGUAAUUUCUGCUUGUGCAAAUCUCGCUAUUGCUAAAUGGGGGGAACAGAUACAUGGCCAUGUAUUGCGUCUAGGUUUGGUAGAUGCUUUGUCAGUGGCAAAUUCAAUAAUUACCCUUUAUUCAAAAUGUGGGCUGUUAACAUCAGCUUCAAUUGUGUUUCAUGGUAUAACUAGAAAAGAUAUUAUAUCUUGGAGCACUAUAAUCGCUGUUUAUUCUCAAGGAGGUUAUGCAAAAGAAGCAUUCGACUACCUAUUAUGGAUGAGAAGGGAAGGGCCAAAACCAAAUGAAUUUGCUCUUGCUAGUGUGUUGAGCGUUUGUGGAAGCAUGGCACUUCUAGAGCAAGGGAAACAGGUGCAUGCUCAUGUACUGUGCAUUGGCAUAGAUCAUGAAGCAAUGGUUCAUAGUGCUCUUAUUAAUAUGUACUCAAAAUGUGGAAGUGUACAAGAAGCUUCAAAAAUCUUUAAUGGAAUGAAAUUCAAUGAUAUUAUAUCAUGGACAGCCAUGAUUAAUGGGUAUGCUGAACAUGGUUAUAGCCAAGAAGCCAUUAAUUUGUUUGAUAAGAUAUCUAGUGUUGGUUUAAUGCCAGACUAUGUGACAUUCAUUGGGGUUUUGACAGCAUGUAGCCAUGCUGGAUUGGUUGAUCUUGGUUUUUACUAUUUUAUGUUAAUGACUAAUGAGUACCAAAUCAAUCCUUCAAAAGAACACUAUGGUUGCAUCAUUGAUCUUCUAUGCAGAGCAGGGCAAUUGAGUGAAGCUGAGCACAUGAUACGAAGUAUGCCAUUCCAUAGUGAUGACAUUGUGUGGUCUACCUUACUCAGAGCAUGUAGAGUUCAUGGGGAUGUUGAUCGUGGAAGAUGGACAGCAGAACAGUUACUUCAGUUGGAUCCAUAUUCUGCUGGAACUCAUAUUACUCUGGCUAACAUGUAUGCUGCCAAGGGAAGAUGGAAGGAAGCUGCACAUAUAAGGAAGUUAAUGAAGUCAAAAGGAUUAAUAAAGGAGCCAGGCUGGUCUUGGAUUAAUGUUAAUGAUCAAUUGAAUGCAUUUGUUGCUGGGGAUCAGGCUCAUCCACAAAAUGAACAUAUCACAACCAUUCUGGAAUUAUUAAGUGCAAAUAUAGGAGAUGCUAGGCAGGAAAUAGGUUCUCUUCAAGAUGUUGAGGAUUAGAAGACGACCACAUUGCUUGAAUAUAUUUGUGUUUCCUCUGAGUUUUCGUAUUUCAAAUUUUAAACGAUUAUGAAAAAUUGGUUUCCCAGCCAGCUCUAAUAAUUUGAAAGCCUCUAGCUUGAUAUGGAUUCUCUGAAAUCUGAGACUGUAAUAAAAUUGCAAUGUGUCUUUUCUGUUUC